AUGCAUACCAGAUCAUGCUCACGCUCACGCUCGCAGCUUCACGCACAUGCCCACGCAACAGUCCCGCUUCAUGGCUGGUAUAAAAGAGGAGGCCCUAGUCGGGACUGCCAUUUCGUAUUUGCUCCCCCCAUCCUCAUAUCCUCUCACUCUCAAGCUAGUCACCCAGGCAGUUCAGCAACAUGCUUCGCCGUGCUCUCCUCGUACCAGCUCUCGUGGGCUUGGCUCGCUCCCAACCCGUCGCCAGCAGCGAUACAUAUGCCCCAGUUGCCGCGCCCGACGCCCUGCCAAUCGAUGAUCUGAGAAACGUGGACGUUCCUACCUAUACCGAGACUCCGGGUCUUGCUUCCGCCAUUGUCUCCUAUGCCACCGAGACGGCCAUUGCAGCAGUACAGGCUGAUGUGACUCAGGAUCCUCUGAGCCAGUUCCCCGCUGCGACCGAUGUCCCGAUCAAUUCAGCUGGCGAAGACUCCUCGAGCAACAACAAGCGAGGCCUGGUCGUUCGAGAUGCUUGUGACGCGCAGCCCACCAUUGCCAACUUCUACAACGUCAAUGUAGACGAUCCCAGUGCUUUCAAGGCGGACCACACCAUCUCUUCCGUCGCCCUCGCAGCACCUACCCCAGCCGGCUACUUCAACAACUUCAAGAACGCCCCUGGAGCCAACAGCGCCUACGCCUACCUCGGCUACUCGGUCGUCAACGACGGCAAAACCGGCUACGACGUGAACUGGUGCGCGGAGCAAUGCACCUCCAUCAACGGCUGCCUCAGCUUCAACAUCUACUUUGAACGCGACCCCAUUAUCGAACCAGGAGCUGGCUGCGAAAACCCACACGCAUUCGCCAACAUCAAAUGUUCCUUCUGGGGUACCGCCCUCGAUUCCUCCACCGCCAACAAUUUCGGACAAUGGCGCUCCGAUUUCCAGGUCGUCAUCGCCGGCUCAAACGCCUACACCUCCUCCAAACUCGGCGGGCCCGUCCACGGUUACAAUCCUCCUCAAUCCCUCAACACCUCCACCAUGAACGCCCCUCUCCGCGACUGUUCCAACACCUGGACCUACCUCGGCUACAAACUUCUCCAAUCCGGUCCUUAUGACCCAAGUCUCUGCGGCGCCGCCUGCGACGCUCAAACCGCAUACAAUGCCGCUCACCCUUCUUCCACGGACGAAGAACCUGUGAAAUGUGCGGCGUUUGGAUCUUAUAUUCUCUCCAUGACGAAUGCUACGAGUACAUAUCAGUUGGGUCAAAUGUGUACGUUGUAUACUUCGGAUUGGGAUGCGGAGAAGUAUGCUGUCAAUACGGUUUCGUAUGAUGAUGGGAUUGGAGCCAAGUAUACCUAUGGGUAUAGUUUCUUUUAUGCGAAGGAGGAGUUGCAGCCUGUUUGUGAGUCCUAAGGUACAUGUACCUACCUGUUAGGAUUGUUGGAGACAUUUGAGAGAGGGGGGGGGGGUUAUGGUUUUUAUGAAGCGAGCGAGCAAGCGGUGGUGUUUUUUGUUAUAUACCCUAAGGGAGGGUAAGGGGUAAGGUACACUGUAUCUGUAUCUGUGGUUUUUUUUAGCGCAGCGUAGCGUAGCGUAGCUAGAGAAGCAGAUGAAUGAAUGAAAUGAUUAGAUAAGAU